UACUCCCAGUUGUACAGGCCCCCCGUCUGAAAGUAAAACGAGGAAAAUGUUGCGUUCAAAAUCGUGACUUGUUUCACGGGCGUUUGCGUACAAGAGACGAAUGAUCAAGAGCGACGUCAGUUAGCAUCGAGUAAUUCAUCAAGAAUGGUGCCCAUCGAGAAGGAUAAAGAAGAUGUUGAUUCCAAUAAACGGCCAACACCUUAUUCAUUACCACCCAAACCCAAUUGGAAGUCCUUGUUCAACGGUACCCAAAUCCUUCCACAAAAGUUGUCCAUGUUACGUCCCUCCGAACUCAAAGUGUCCAACAAACCGCCUCCGUUGCAGAAUGUCAUCAGUCCGAUAUCACCUGAAUCGCCAUCUACAUCGGCCCAAACAUUCCCAGUUCCUAUGCCGAGGAAAACGAGUUCCAGUGACUCGACGCCACACACGCCCGUGCCUCUUCCUCGCACAAUAUUCAACUUGCCACCGAUCGAUUCGACUUCAGUGCUACUAGGAAGAAGCACCAGCCUUCCAACAGAGAGAAAAGAGCCCCAAGUGAAGCUGAGAUUGGCUCACAGCCUGUCCGAUCCGCCCAAUCAGCCCGUGAAAAAAGACGAUCCAGGGCCGGCCCUUCCAAAAUCGCCCAUAACGACACCUUUGGAAGAUCUAAACGAAGAGGAAGACGGAGAUACGUGGCUUUGAAAUGAUCUAUUCAACUGAAGAGUCAUAAGAAUUUGUAGUUUCUAAUUUAAGUCAUUCAUGCAAUUUCAUUUGGGUUUGUGUACAGUUUAGUAGAAUCUUCUCGUCCUUAAUUUUGUUGUCUAGUACAGAAAUGAAUUUUCUAAUCGUUGAUAUCGCUUAAAUGUAACGGCGUCAUAACUGGUCACGAGAUAAAAUAGAGCAAGACCAACAAAACUAAAUAAAAACGAAACAUUA